AUGGUAGCGCUGCAGUACUUGGAGCGAUACCGAAGCAAGCCGACGUCGACAAUCUAUCGGUUAGAUGAACGACAGAGAUUUCCUCCACCAAAAAUCAGCGUCUGUCGAACGCCAUCGUUCAAGAGAAGGGAAAUGGAACUAAAAUCAUUCUACAACACCAGCUUCCCUACAUUCGUCAAACAUCAUGCAUUCCUUCUAGACAAUACAAUUGUUGGAGAGUGGCGGCCCACAUUAUUCAUUAACGAGGGAGAAGAUAAUUCCAAGAAUUUCGAAUUGAACCUAUGUUACACACUCCAUCACAAUAAGAGCCUAGGAUUCGGAGGGGAACGCUCCGGCUAUUACCUUGAAUUUGAUAUGACCCCGUAUUCAAAUGACAAGAACACAACAUACUGGGAAGUGAACAUCCAUCGAGACCUGACAUGGGCCUCCAUGUACAUGACGUCUACUUAUACUACAGUCAGGGUGAAUUCAGGAACGUAUAACCACGUGACCCUCUCGGCCAAAGAUGUCCAUCAACUCAACACUCAAAACUAUCCCUGUGAGUCCAUGGACGGAUACAGCAGAGACGAGGGAGAAGAUAAUUCCAAGAAUUUCGAAUUGAACCUAUGUUACACACUCCAUCACAAUAUCAGCCUAGGAUUCGGAGGGGAACGCUCCGGCUAUUACCUUGAAUUUGUUUUGACCCCGUGUUCAAAUGACACGCACACAACAUACUGGGAAGUGAACAUCCAUCGAGACCUGAGAUGGGCCUCCAUGUACAUGACGUCUACUUAUACUACAGUCAGGGUGAAUUCAGGAACGUAUAACCACGUGACCCUCUCGGCCAAAGAUGUCCAUCAACUCAACACUCAAAACUAUCCCUGUGAGUCCAUGGACGGAUACAGCAGAGACGAGUGCAUGGACACAUGCCUAUUGGAAGGCAUUUACCCUCAAUUGUCGUGUCGACUUGCGUCGAUGAACGUGUCUUUGCCAUUGUGCGAUAACAUGGGCGAAAUCGUGAAUAUGACCCGCACCUAUCAGCGUUUGUUGACAAACACGAGACAAUCUGAUUUGAAUUGCUCCUGUCCGCCACCCUGCAAUCGCCUCCGCUACACGAUGGAAGUGGGGACUCAAAAAAACUCUUUCGACGAUAAUGGCAAUAUCUGGAUCUACUUCCCUGAGGAUAUCGUCGAAGUUCUGGUCGAGAAAGAGGCCUACGAUCUCAUCCAGGCAGUGGGGGAAUUCGGGGGUUGCCUUGGUAUGUUCCUCGGCAUUUCCCUCGUCUCCUUAUACGAGUCUCUCGACCAACUUAUCCGCAUCUUCAUCGCAAGGCGUGUCGGCAUUAAAUGA